AUGGAAGACUUUGCUUCUGCUGAAGAUGUACGCAUUGGCUUUGUGAGUGAAGAGGACUCGAAGGCUGUUACCAAGGUGAUUAGAGACCGCAUCGGUACCGUAUGGAAGAACAGAGAAAAGCGAGAGAAGGAGAGGCAAGAGAAGGGCAAGCUGGAAGAAGACAAAGAUAGCAAAGCAGAUGCUGGAACCUCAACCACAGAUAGUGGAAUGGGUUUUUCAGGGUUGUCUUUAACUGGAAUGUCGAAUGCUUCUGAAGGUUCUACAAGACUGGUGUCCAGUCAAGUACAGAAUUCAUCAUCAACACAACAACCCAUCAGCCAACAACCUCAUAGCCAAUCUCAAAUUCAGCAACAACAGGUUCCAUCUCACCCACAACAAACUCAACAGCCCUCUUCCCAACAGUCCGUAGCAACUCCGCAAGUCCAACAGCAGCAGGGCCAACCACAGCAGCCACAGCCGCCACAGCAACAGCAGCAACCUCAACAGGUUCAGUCUCAACCUGUGAUGCAGCCACCUCAAUCUGUCCAGCAGCCUUUACCACCACAAGUCCACUCUCAAACCCAUUCUCAACCCCAACUAGUAUCUCAGUCUAGUCAGCAACCGUCUACCACUGCUGUUCUACCACAGCAGGAUCAAGCUCAGCAACAACCCAUGCAGCCAUCAGCUCAGCAACCUCCUAUUUCCAAUGUGCAGCAGCAACCUACAAUUCCAGCCCAACAACAGAGUCAGCCUCAACAAAUACAGCAGCAGCCUCCACAGCAACAACAAUUACAACAACAUCAAAUACAACAACAGCAGCAACACCAAGCACAGCAUCAACAGCAGCAGCAGCAACCACAAUCAACCCCUCACUCUCAAUCUCAGCUGCAGCCACAACCACAGCAAUCUGUUCAGCAACCAGUACAAACCCAGGCCCAGGUGCAGGUGCCAACCCAGCUGCCACAGUCCCUACCAUCCCAACAGCAACAGCAGCAGCAACAAGCUCAAACCCAACAGAGCCCCUCGAGUUCCAUGAAUGGUCAACAUUCAUCCCUGUCGUGGUUUGUUCCGAUGUCUCCUCCUGUGUUUUAUCAGCAACCCCAGUUUGUGCAGCAGACAGCAAACUAUACCCAAUUCCCCCAAGGCCAAGCUUAUCAGCAAUCUGUAAGCCAGGGACAACUCCCACAACAACCUAUCCAGCAACCUUUGCAGCAACCUAUACAACAGCCAUUGCAGCAACCGUCCCAAGUACCUAGCACCCCUCAGAGGACAGCUUCUGAUCAACAUGCUAAGGUUACAAGAACAGUGUCUGGUGGCAGCCAGCAUGCACCACAACCACAAGUGCAGCCACAAGCAACUCAGUCACAACCCAUACAACAACAGAUGCAGCUGCUGCCACCAUCACAGUCAGCCCAGCAGCAGCAACACGCGUCAGUCACCAAUACAACAUCUGUACUUAAGCAGAGCAUUCCUGCUACUCAACAGUCUGGACAACCAUCCCAUGUCCCUCAAGUGGGUCAGAACAGCGUGCAACAAACCCAACAGCAGCAAAUACAACAGGUCGGCCAAGGGCAACCUCAGCAGCAGCAGCAGCAACAACAACAGCAGCAACAGCAGCAGCAGCAACAACAACAGCAACAAUUACAACAACUACAACAGCAACAACAACAACCACAACACCAUCCAAUCCAACCUGGCACCACCCUCGGCCAGCCCCAUAUGAUGUCUGCACCCUCCUACGUAUCCAUAGCUGCCUCCUCAGCAGCAGCCGUUGCAACCGCAGUACCGGUAUCGCUAGCUACUACCACGCCCAACGCGUCCGCCCCAGCAUGGCACCUUGCACAGGACAACAGGCCACAAACUGUGGAUGCAUCUAAGGUUGGUAGUGAUGGCCAGGCAUGGAGUUCACCUGGUCUUGAGAGGAAGGAUGUUUUAACUGAUGCAGCCAGCGCCUACCCCUCUGGGACAGGAGAAGAAAGUGGAGCAGAAGGCAGUCAGAAUGUUGAGAAGCGGCAGGGUAAAAAGAAGCAUAGUAAAACGAGCAAGAAGAGGCCUAAGCUUAGCAUCAUAUCUGUUGACGAGGAUCAAGUGAUCGAAUGCUCCUUGGAGACGCAUAGGGGAGACACUAUCGUCUUCAAGUUCAGUGAAGAUGAUCAGUUGGAUGGCAUUGUGUCAAACCUGGUAUGA